UUGUCUUCUUUAUGCUAAAUACAGUUCCGAUUGUUUUGCAGUAUUUAAUACACAUUAAGGCCCCAUUAGAAAUGAAUGGGCCAAGUCUUUGACCGCAGGGUGAUAACAUUCCCAUGAGGCCUAUAACAUUUUACAUAAAUAAAUGAUGCCAUUCUCGUCCCCAUCUCCUUUCUGGGAGAACAAGAACUGGGUCUAGUUGGCUAGAACUGCUUCCAUAGCAACAGCCCUUUAAGGGCCAAUGAUCGCCGGAAGUUCAGUUUUUACUUCCGGGUUGUGCUUUACCGCAGACAACCCGGAAAUUGGCCCGGGUGUUUGCUCGCAGCCGCGCCUGGGGAGGAUGCCGCUCGCGGUGUUUUGUGGUCUGCCGUACUGCGGCAAGAGCAGACGUGCAGAGGAGCUCCGCGGGGCGCUGGCGGCCGAGGGCCGCGCGGUGUACGUGGUGGACGACGCGGCGGUACUGGGCGCUGAGGAUGCGACAGUGUACGGCGAUUCGGCUCGUGAGAAGGCAUUGCGUGGGGCCCUGCGCGCCGCUGUAGAGCGGCGCUUGAGUCGUCACGAUGUGGUCAUCCUUGACUCGCUUAACUACAUCAAGGGCUUCCGCUACGAGCUCUACUGCCUGGCGCGGGCGGCGCACACCCCAAUGUGCCUAAUCUACUGCGUACAGCCAGGCAGUCUGAACAGGGGACCUCGGGUGGCAGACGUGGAAGACUGUCGGAGCCAGAACGUCAGUGUGAGUUCGCGGCCGCGCACCGAAGAGGGAGGGAGACCUUUGUCAGCGGACACCGGUUUCCUCAGGGAAUCGGGAGCAGUGGAUUCGAUAGUAAAUGGAAGAGCCCAGGCACGGGCAUCGAAGGAAAUGGAGCGGGAGGAAACCAGGGCGCCAGAUCUUGCAGCUCUUGUGACUCCGGACUUUGAGAAAUCUGCAAAGCAUAUGUCCAGUGCCUUUUACCCCGCGGAACUUCUGGAAGCCUUAAUGCUGCGCUUCGAGGCUCCCGACUCUCGCAACCGCUGGGACAGACCCCUGUUCACCUUGGUGGGCUUAGAGGAGCCAUUGCCUCUGGCAGAGAUCCGGGCUGCUCUGUUUGAGAACAGGGCUCCUCCACCUCAUCAGUCUACACAGUCCCAGCCCCUUGCCUCUGGCCGCUUUCUGCACCAAUUGGAUCAGGUCACGAGCCACGUGUUGGCGGGACUGAUGGAAGCUCAGAAGAGUGCAGUUCCCGGAGACUUGCUUAAGCUUCCUGGUACCACGGAGCACCUUCGGUUUACUCGGCCCUUAACCAUGGCAGAACUGAGUCGCCUCCGACGCCAGUUUAUUUCCUACACCAAAAUGCACCCCAACAAUGAGAACCUGCCUCAGUUGGCCAACAUGUUCCUGCAGUAUCUGAGCCAGAGCCUGCACUAACCAUAGUAGGUUGGGGGAAAGCCAUGGCUACUUGUCUAACCUCUCCUGCACUGUAUUUCUUUGGAAAGAAUGAUCAAGGUCUUCAGAGCAUAUCGAUGUGUGAUACCAGAACUGUUGUGACUGAUUCACCCUUUGUGUAAUGCCUCUGUGUCAGGCAUUAAGUUUAAGGCAUACUCUGAGACUAGAAAGAAUGGAGAACAAACUUAAAGGACCUUGGCAAAUUUCUCCAGAGGACAGAGCUCAGGUGGACAGGGCUUGUUUGGAUUGGGUUCUAUUUGAGAUACCAUAUUCCACUGAUUUCCCCAUCUGAAUUGUGGGAGAGCAGACUGGAUGAAUUGUUUUAAAACAGUUGUGAACGGAAACUGAAGAUGGCACAGUUCUGCAUCUGCAUUGGCCCUUUUCUCAUACCACACAUAGUGUCUGAGUAUUGGACUUAAACUUUUUGCUAGUCUGUUUUCUAGGGUAUAGGGUCACAGAUAAAUCCACUGGUUUCUGUCCUUGGGAAGCUUUGGUUCUAGUGGAAGUGAAUGACAUAACCAUUAGGUUAUUUUGUCUAAUAAAAUCUUUUAGAAGAAGAGA